UCCAGCAGACUCCUGGGACUCCGCGGCUCCUAGUGGGAUUACCUGGCGUGGUCAAGUGUUUGGCGUCAUCCAGAAAAUAGGGCUCAAGCCAGUCAGCGGGAACUUUGCUGUCCCGGGCGGCCGUUCAUUGGUUGAUAACGCAAACCCUGUUCUGUUUUCCAUAUUGGCUGUUGUCGCUGUCAGUCACAGCCAUGGGUCGAACCUUCCCCACUCUUUGUCUGUCAAGCUCCUGUUGUCUGGGAGAGUGGCAGAGGUGCUGCUGUAGAUUGGUCGCAGGGAGAAGCCUGAGAUCUUUCCUAUUGGCCCAUCUGUCCGAGAGUGAUGCGGAUUGGUGGGACGGAACAACCUGGGUGCUAGUUGGCAGAGCUCUCGCUGGAUGGAAGGUCCGGUCGCAGAGUGAUGGUGGCGGCAGCGAAGAUGGGCCGGGCAGGGACCAUGGCGGUGGAGGCAGAGGUGGCAGGGGCGGGGCAGCUGGCGGUAGAGGAGACUGUGGUCUUCAGGGAGCUGUAGGUGAAGGAAUGGCUCGGGCUACCGGCGGGAACGGCAGCGAGGAGGCCUGGGGGGCACUUCGGGUGCGGCAACAGCAGCUUCGAGAGCUGUGCCCAGGAGUGAACAACCAGCCCUACCUCUGUGAGAGUGGUCACUGCUGUGGGGAGACUGGCUGCUGCACGUACUACUAUGAGCUCUGGUGGUUCUGGCUGCUCUGGACUGUCCUCAUUCUCUUUAGCUGCUGUUGCGCCUUCCGCCAUCGACGAGCUAAACUCCGGCUGCAGCAGCAGCAGCGGCAGCGUGAGAUCAACUUGUUGGCCUACCAUGGGGCAUGCCAUGGGGCUGGCCCUGUCCCUACUGGCUCACUGCUUGACCUUCGCCUCCUCAGCGCCUUCAAACCCCCAGCCUAUGAGGAUGUGGUUCACCGCCCAGGCACACCGCCGCCUCCUUACACUGCAGCCACUGGCUGCCCCUCGACUGCUUCCAGCCAGUGCACCUGCUGCUCCUCCGCUUCCAGCUGUCCUGCCCACCACGAGGGAACAAACGUGGAAGACGUUUCCUCCCACCAGAGUGCCCCUCCUCAUCAGGAGGGUGAGCUUGGGGCAGGAGUGAGCCCUGCCCCCACACCCCCCUCCUGCCGCUAUCGCCGCCUGACUGGUGACUCAGGUAUUGAGCUCUGCCCUUGUCCUGACUCCAGCGAGGGUGAGCCAGUCAAGGAGGCUAGGGUUAGUGCCACCUCACAAGAGGUGGAGGACCAGUCCCCUUGUGCACGGCCCCUAAAUCCUGCACCCCAAGUCUCUCCUGUGGGUCUGGCUUCGAGUGAAGGGGACAUCCCAUAAGCAAUUUUGGGAGGCGGGGGGGUGGGUUACUUGCCCACCAGAAACAGCCCUGCUCCCAGCUCCCUGGGUUCUUGGCCUCUCCCUGCCCUCCUAGAAUCUGAAAAGGCUGGAGUCCUGAGAAGGGCAGUGUUUGGGGGACUGUGUGAGCUCUAUCCUCCAAGACAUACACAGGAGCCUUUGAUCUCAUUAAAGAGAUGUGAACCA